AUGCGCAGAGCGCACGCCUACAAGCGCUUCCUCCAGUGCUCCUGCUGGGCCUUGAGCACGGCCCGCGACAGCGUCAGCCCAGGCCGCAGCACCCGAGGAGCCACCCUGUGGGCUGCAGUGGCCUGUCUUGGUGUCCGUCUGACCCUGGCCCUGGCCCUGGCCCUGUCCAGACAGGAGUGUAGCCGGGCCAGCAGCCAGAGCCGGUCAAGGCCGCCUGAGCCGCAAGCAGAGGGACGGCUGCAGGGGACACCACCUGCACACCCAUGCGCUGCUGUGGGCGGCACAUGCCAGAGCGCCACGGUGCUGGGGCAGGUCCCCGGUGCAGCCCCUACAAUUUCACGCCAACGCCAAGCUCCCCCGAGCAGCCGCCUGGCUCAGGUCCCCGCGGGUGAAAGGGCCGGCCAGCCCGCCGCGGGAGAGGCGCUCGCCCUUUCAUCCGGUGGGCCUGCAGAGAGGCGCUCGCCCUUUCGUCCGGCGCGUGGAAGCAUCCCCAGGGCAGGGCCGUCUCCGACGCAGCUGGCCCAUCGCUGCAGCCAUUUGGAAGCGGGCGCCGGAACGUCACGCCGGCCUGCAGAGCAGACGCUCGGGUGGCAGCUGCUCUUUCCGGAGCGCAUGGCCAUCAACCCCGCACAGAGGUUGGCUGCCCCCGGCUCGGCAGCUCUGGAGCAAGAUGAAAGGCCCGCGGUGACAUCCUUCCCGGCAAGCAUUAUCCGCCGUGAAGGGAUCGGAUCUGAUUACGGCGUGCAGGUGUCUGGCCGCCCCAGAGGAGGAUCCCCGGAGAAGCCGCUUCCCGGAGCGGCGGUGGCGGCAACUCCAGCUGGCAGAACCCGCAUCCAGCCAGGGGAGGCGGCCAAUCCCCUGCCUGGAGCACCCCCUGCCCUCCAGGAGACCCCACUCAGCUGCCCCGACCAACUUGACCAACUUCCUGGAGCAGCCCCUCUCGGGCGGGCCAAACGGAGGAGACGUCCGGGCCAGCGCGGCACCCGUUCCACCGUGCCUGCACCGCCUGGGGCUUCGUCCCGUGGGCACCCGGCCGCCUCCGCCCUGCUGGAGGCCUGUGGGGCCCCACCUGGCCCCAUCCGGCAGGGCUCUCGUGGGGGCAGCGCCUCCACGGAAAGCAGAUGCCGGCUUUCGGUCCCCAGGUUCAGAGAGGCAAGCUCCGAGGCCGGCGAGACGGGCCCUUCCUGGCUGCGCUGCGACAACCCUGCAGCCACGGGCCUUCUGCCAGGGCUUGCUGCACAGCAGCCCGCCCUCUGCUCGCCACGCCGCAAGGACCGCGGCCUCUCGGCCGGCCCGGGCGGACGAUCGCGCCUGCUCCGGAGGCAGCGGCCAGGAAACUGCCCACUGAUGGGGCGGGGGGGCGAGGUGCCAGGGAGGCCCAAGGAAUGGGGGACAGACUCGGCGUCUCUGCUCGGCCCCCGGCAGGGAGGAGAACUGCCCCGGAGCCGCUGUGGCGGGCAGGCAGGGGGCCGCCUGGCCGGACUGGCCCCCUGGGUGCUGGGAGCAGCGGGCACAGAGGACGCGGGCUCCCUCCGGGCGGACGCAUCCCCCGGGGCCCGGCGUGGUCCGCGCAAGUGGCGCCCGGGCCCCGUUCCCUUCGCCCGCGGCGGCCGCUCUCUGGCGUGUGGCUCCGCGGAGGAGGCCGAGCCACGCGUGCCGGGCGACGGCCACGGCGCCUUGAUUGGAAUGCAGCGCGGGAUUCCCACACGCCGUGCCAGCAGGCAGCGCCACGCCGAGAAAGACUCCUGCUGGCGGGAAGCGAGCAAAGCUCCCCCCCGCAGCACCGUGCCCGGCCGGUCUGCGGAAGAGUCUGCCUGCCAAGCCUCUGCACGAUCCCUGCCCUCGCCACUCCCGCUCGCCAGCCCCUCCGGAGGCUGGAGGCCCCCGCAGGCGCGAUGGGGCUGGCAGCCCCGCAGCCCCCAGGCAGGCGCCCAGCUGCCCCGGCGAGCCUCUCCAUCGCAGUGCUGCGUGACCCGCGGCUCCGGGGAUGCCGUCUUCCUGCCAGGAGGCAGCUGGCGUAGCAGCACAAGAGGAGCUGGGCCCGGCUGCAGCGCUUGCGUCCCCACGCUCCGACAGCCCGGGGGCACCAAACCGGGGGAUCGACGCCCCCCUCCUGUAAGGCAACAGGCCACGGACCUCCAGGCGCCCCCUUCCAACCGAGCCCUGCUUGGCCGGUGGCUCCUCUUUUGUGAGGCCCCUGGCAACGUCGCACUUCCACGCUCCUGCCUCGGGUGUGUUCUUCGCUCCGCGUGUACACAGAGCCGCGUCCGCGAGGAAGGAACAGAGGUGGAGCGCGGUUGCCAUGCGUGGGACCGGUGUGCAGGCCGGCCAUCGGUCCAGGCCGACCCCCCAGCGCAGCGCAGCCCACCCCACCCCACCCCACGCCACAGCAGGCACCUGGGGCCAGCUGCUUUGUGGGAGGGGACAGGCCGCCUGCCGCCGCCUGCGAGAGGUGAGCCAGGCCGGGCGCAGGAGCAGACCGCAGCCCACGACCUGCGCCUGCCUCGCCGAGGAGCUGCCCGCCCGUCUCCAGCGAAGGCCAAGGGGGACACCCGGUGGACGGUCUCGGGGGCGGAGGAAGCCGACGCUCCCGCAGCAGGGCUGGCCUGGCCGGGCGUUCCCCAGGCCCCCCGUCCUUGUUCCUGCGGUGAGGGCGCCCGGCCAGUUGGGGAGCUGGGGAGCCCCAGAUGCCGGGUGGACGACGCUUUCGUGAGCACGGCCUCGAAGAGCGAUCCAGAGGGGCUUCCUACGGCAACGGCAGGCUGGGCCUGCGACGCCGGCCCCGGCGGGCAAUACAGCGCCGCCUCUCCGGUCCCGGAGCUGCCCGUCGGUGCUGCAGGGGAACCGAGGAGGAGAGGGGUGGGAGGCCGCCUCUGCCCGCAGCAGCUCGUGGCUGACAGACGUCGGCCCGCAGAGCAGGUCCGGCUGGGAGGCCGGCUCAGGCGCCCAUGUUUUGUGCCCCGAAUUGACAGGCAGUCCCUCGGGCAGCCCGCAGGGGGCGCUGUCGUGUCCCUGGGCUCGCCUCCCGUGCCAGCCUCCUCCAGCGCCCGCACGGCCGGGGGACCGAGCCCUUUGGCGGAGAGCGGUGCCGCGCGGGCCUUGCAGCCCGUUACUCACGGUGACCAGCCGGGCGGAAGGCGCCAGAUCCCGCCUGGUCCCACCUCGGGUCCAAUUACAGUUUCUAAUCUAUAUGUAGAUAACGGCAAGCACAACCCCCCUGGGAUUCUCACCAGCAAGAUGACUCUUCGCUCCUCUUUAAUUAACGUCAAUUAUUCUUGGUGA